AUGGAUGAGAGUCAGAAAAUGAAAGUAAAAAUGACAAUCCCAACGAGAACGAACACUGCGAAGAACGUGGUUGUUGACAAAGUGAUCGCUGAACAAUUCCUCGCCGCAGACCUAGCCGAAGUCGAACAACUACAAGAAGAAGGAAAGAAGUUGAUAUUCGAUUAUCGAGAUUCUCAAUAUUCUAUGCUAUUGAAUUUCCAGUAUAAUUACCGAAGAAAGGUCGUAUUCCGGAACGUAGCCCUCUUUGCUUUUCUUCAUGUUGGAAGUCUCAUCGGUCUUUAUCAGGUCGUGUUUGAUGCGAAGUGGCAGACGGUGGCAUGGAUGGUCUUUCUACACAUAUUUGGAGGCCUCGGGAUCACCGCUGGAGCUCAUCGUCUUUGGUCUCAUCGUUCAUAUAAAGCGAAACUACCAGUUCGAGUUCUGUUGAUGAUCAUGAACAGCUCCGCUCUUCAGAAUGACAUCAUCGAAUGGGCUCGAGAUCACCGUUGUCAUCACAAAUGGACCGACACCCAUGCGGAUCCUCACAACACUACUCGUGGCUUUUUCUUCGCCCAUAUGGGAUGGCUCCUGGUCAGGAAACAUCCACAGAUCAAAGAGCAAGGAAAGAAGCUGGAUCUCUCUGAUCUCUACGCCGAUCCGGUAUGCACGUUCCAAAGAAGGUACUACUUACCGCUGGUACUGAUUUUCUGCUUCUUGUUGCCGUCAGCAAUUCCUGUCAAGUUCUGGGGAGAAUCGGCUUUUGUCGCCUUCUACACUGCUGGACUUCUGCGCUACACGCUUCUGCUUCAUGCCACGUGGCUGAUCAACAGUGCUGCACAUAAAUUCGGAUUCAAGCCUUAUGACAAGAAAAUCUCGCCUGUCGAAUCAGUCUGGACCACUGUUUCAGCGAUUGGAGAAGGCGGUCACAAUUUUCAUCACACUUUCCCUCAGGAUUACCGUACUUCGGAAUAUUCGCUGAAGUUGAACUGGACUAGAAUCUUCAUUGAUACCUGUGCAGCUCUCGGCCUCGUGUACGAUCGAAAAUCGUUUUCCGAAGAAAUCAUACAACGGCAGUGCGAGAAGCAUGGCAAUCCUGAGGAUCGUGGAAAGGCGAUAUUAUAA